ACGUCAGAACGUAUGAUACGCUGCUGACGUGUACAUCGGGAAGUGGCUGUCGAGUUGCUGUAGCAUGUAGCUACUAACUCUUGGAUCUUCCUCACAACCGUUUUCCAUUGACAGGCCACUAUGAGAUCACCUGAUUUGGUACUUAGUUAGCUAUCUGACAAAAUAACAACGGAAGACAAACCGGGCCAGUUGUACAGGUGUGGUUGAAUGCAGCAGUUUUAUGAAGAAGCGUGAGUGACUUUCACAACAACAAUGGGGAAGAGGAGGGUGCCAGAUCUGUACAGAGCCCCCUUUCCCUUAUACUCUAUUAAAGUGGACCCCAAAACAGGGCUGGUAAUCACAGCAGGAGGAGGGGGGCCUUCCAAGACAGGCAUAAAGAAUGCUUUGCACUUCCUUGAUCUGCAGCUGGUUGGAGAACACCAGUACAGUGCCAGUCUCCUUCACUCUCAUGAUACUGACACACGUGCCACCAUGAACAUGGCUGUUGGUAAUGGAGUGAUUGCUGCAGGGCAGGAUGGGGCUUGCUGUCUGAUGAGGUUUAAACAUUGCACACAGAAAGAAGAAGGCAAAGCUUCUGAAAAAGAUGCAGGGAACAGCGUGCAGCAGGGUAAUGCCAGGCGACGAGGUGGGAAAGGAGACAAACGUGGACAGGAUGAAGCUGCAGCAUCUGGAGAUAUGUCAGAUAUGAAGGAUGAGACGGUUCAUAUCUCUGUGACUGGUUUGGCUGAAGUGCAGUCAGACCUGAACCCCCGGGACCCGCUUCAGAAGGUGGUCAGGUUCAGUCCUGACCUGAGCCUUCUGCUGACAGGAGGCUCAGACGGACACAUACGAGUCUGGGAGUUUCCAUCCCUGAAGAAAAAGUUUGACUUCAAAGCACAUGAAGGGGAGGUUGAAGACUUGGAUAUGAGUCCAGGGAACAAGCACCUGGUGACUGUUGGCCGAGACUUCUCCUGCAGUGUAUGGAGUGGAUGCCAGUUGGCGAUGGGUCUUAACUGGCUUGAAACGACGCCUCAAAUAGCUGAGAAGACUUAUCGAUAUAUGGCUUGCAGGUUUGGAAAGGUAGAAGACCAAAAAGACUCCCUGAGGCUCUACACAGUCCAGAUCCCCCAUAAACGAGACAGAAAACCUCCUCCUUGCUACCUCACCAAGUGGGACGGCAAGAGCUUCCUGCCCAUGCUGACGGCUCCCUGUGGCACUGAGGUCAUCUCAAGUCUGGCUGUCAGUGACUCUGGAACAUUUAUUGGCCUUGGAACUGUGACAGGAUCGGUGGCUAUCUACAUCGCUUUCUCCCUGCAGAAGCUGUAUUAUGUACAGGAGUCCCAUGGCAUUGUUGUGACAGAUCUGGCCUUCCUGCCUGACUCGCUGAAAGGCAAAAAUAUCAAAGGGAAUAAUGAAACGGCCAUGUUGAGUGUAGCCGUGGACAGCCGCUGUCAAAUACACGCCGUCCCCAAUCGAAGAUCAUUUCCUAUCUGGCUAGUGCUGAUCUUCUGUGGCCUCAUGGUGGUGGGAGUCGUCCUCCUCCUACAGUCCCUCUUUCCGGGAUUUAUUUAAAUCAUGCAAGUGUUGUUACAGGUCGGGAUUUGGACACAUCUUCACAUGACUUACUUUGCCGCUGUCAACAUCAGCAGUCCCUAGUCCAACCUCCAAACGUCCCAGUGCUGCAUCAAAUCUCCCAGCCGAGCCUCUGAGGGCUCUUCCAGCUGCAGCGCUGACUCUGAAGAGCUUUGAUGGUGCCCUGACAUUGUCCUCAUCGGCUCUUACUCAGGGUUGUUCCUCUCAGACUUACCUGUAAACCUAGUUGAAUCAAACCAGGACAGACUGUGGGUUUUAUUUGCUUUGAUCUCUAUCAAUUAUUCUUAAUAAUGAUUCAUGUGAGAGAGUUGAAGGGCUUAGGUUCAUGAAUGUUUAAAGUGUGGGAUCUUUUUAUUGACAUAUUUAAGGAACAAUGUAAAAAUAUAUAAAUGAUUGACACAUAAUGUGUCUGGUUUUGUUUUUUGUUUACACAGACACUUUAAAUUAGUCUCUUUGAAUAACUGCUUUGUGUGUGUUUCCAUGUUAUCCACCAGAUUUAACAGCUGCCGAUAAAAUGUUAAGCAUUUUAAAACAUGGCUUUGUCUCAGUACAUGGGUGUUUUGAAUUCAAACAUACAGCUACAUGUUUUGACUGACAGGGAUGCCGGUGUUAACUAAACAUUUCAGCACAAAGGUGCAACAUCUAUAAAUGGAUUAUAUGAUAUUAUUAGAAAGAAAACAGAAAAAAUGAAUGAAGUUGCUAUAAGCAUAUAAGAAGUAGGGAGAUGUGAAAUUAAAUGUUAUUACAGCAAAUGAUGGAUUGUUUUUUUAUGAAGACAUUUCAUUUAAACACUUACUGCAAAUGUUGCCCAGCAGAUGUACAAAAAUGUGAACGAUUUUUUAAAAUGAUGCCCAGGUUGUAUUGUAACUAAUUUGGUAAAAUGAUAGAAGAAAUAAAAUAUUAAGAAAGGAAGCUAAAAAAC